GCUUUGCUAUUUUCAACCAAUAUCUGCGGCGCAGAUCACCUUGACCUUGACGUGUGGGUUGAUCCAGUCUGCAUCCUGCGUGGAAGAGAACAACCUCGGUUUAGUGCUGGCUAUGACAUCCGUGCUAUUCUCCGCGGCACCAGUUGCCAGCAUGGACACCGCACAGUACCCGGAGCAACAACGACAACAAUCCGCCAAUGCCAACACCUCGUCGCAGCAGCAGCCGCGAAUGCUGGCGCAGUACCAGGUGCUCCAUACGCUCGGCUCGGGCCUGCAGGGCAAGGUGAAGCUCGGCGUGGAUACUGCCACACACCAGCGCGUAGCGCUUAAGAUUGUCGAUAUGGCUAAGCUCAACCGAAAGAGCAUGAUCAACGUCUACCGCGAGGUGGAAGCCAUGUCUCGUGUUUCCCACACGAAUGUGCUGCGCCUCCUAUCUGUUCACGACGACGCGUCGUACCCUAAGAAGGACGGCAAGAGCAAGCAAGUGAUUGUCAUUGUGCUGGAGUUGGCCACAGGUGGAGAACUCUUCGACUUCAUGAUGUACACUGGCUGCUUCGCGGAGAACAUCGCGCGCGCCUAUUUCCAGCAGCUCGUAGCCGGUCUGGAGGCUUGUCACGCACAGGGGGUAUACCACCGCGACAUCAAACCAGAAAAUCUCCUGUUAGACGAGAACUUUGCGCUAAAAAUCGCUGACUUUGGGCUCUCCGGUCUGAGAGAAGGAGCCGAUGGAGCUGUGGCUGAGCUAUACACGCAAUGCGGCACCAGAGGAUACAUGAGCCCAGAAGUGCUAUCGUGUCUGUCGUAUGAAGGAGAACCUGCAGACGUCUGGUCGGCUGGCGUGGUACUUUUUAUUAUGCUGGCGGGCUUCCCACCGUUCCAGAUUGCCACCAACCAGGACUGGUGGUUCCGUGCUUGUGCUGCUAAGCAACACGAAGCUUUUUGGGCGGCACACGCUCGCUCUGCCACGUUCUCACCGGGCGCUAUGUCGCUCAUGACGCGCAUCUUCCACGUGAAGCCGCAGGAACGUGUUACUCUUGCAGAGAUCAAGACACACCCGUGGUUUAAGGAAAGGGCUGUAGCGCCCGAGGAUCUUCGUGCAGAGCUGAUGAGUCGCAAGCUGCAAGUGGAUGAGGAGAAGCGUAAAGAGCGUGAGGAGAAGCUGCUUGCGGCCUCCAAGCAGCGGCUACAGAAGCAGGAUGAAGAAUUCGACCCUUUCAACAUGGACGUUGAGCGAUCGAUGGUCGUUCCGACGACCACAGAAUCUGCGACUGCAGAGGUAAGUUCAAAGAAGGCGCCAUCGUAUCCGUCCACCAGUGUGGCGCUUUACACAAGCUUUCAGUCAAGUCGGACGGCUCCAGAGUUGCAGACGCGGGUGGAGAAGGCGUUGGCGGAACACUCGGCGCGCUUUGUGGCGCACAAGGACCGGUUUAAAACAAAGGCCACGAUGGCUGCAGACGUGGGGGACGUGGGCUUCGCUGUGCGCAUCUACUCACUAGACAAUGUCCCAGGGCUCUGUGUGGUGGAGUUCCGGCGUACAAGCGGCGAGUGCCUUAAGUUUCACGAAGCAUACAAAAAGCUCAGUAGCUCGCUGUCCGACCUCGUCUUUGACAACAACGAUGAAUCGGAGACGGCUGACGACUCGCCUGCGGAGGAGCUCAUCUCAGACGAGGCGAUGAUGAUUUAGGCAGCCUACACGACAAAGAUGUUUCUAUCAAGCACAAGUAACACCUAGCAUCAACCUGAAAAGUGGAACAUGAUGUUGGCCGCCUACCAAGUAACGGGUCCAUAUCGUCAGUCUGCAUAAUUCGUUACACUGUGA